AUGGCGACGGUGGCUUCCGCCGGCAUUCUCAUUCCUCUGACGCAAUGGCGGCAACAAAACCGCGGUCACCGGCGCAGUGCAAUUUUCCUCCACACUGAAAUCAAUCAUUUUCCAGUACUGCCUAUCUAUUUCCAUCAUUCAACCCGGCGUCCCUCCUCUGCUGUCGUCUCUGCUGCUUCUCUGAAGGAAAAGAUGGGGGAAAUUAAGAAGACGUGGAAUGACUUUUCCAGCUUAAAUUAUUGGGUAGUACGUGAUUAUUACCGGCUCGUGAAUUCAGCAAAUGAGUUCGAGCCUCAAAUUCAACGUCUCUCCGAUGAAAAGUUAAGUCAUAAGACUGUGGAGUUUCGGAGGCGUUUGAAUCAAGGAGAGACUCUUGGUGAUAUCCAAGCAGAGGCUUUUGCUGUUGUUCGUGAAGCUGCAAAAAGAAAGCUUGGAAUGCGGCAUUUUGAUGUUCAGAUUAUAGGCGGAGCAGUCCUUCAUGAUGGCUCCAUAGCUGAAAUGAAAACUGGGGAAGGAAAAACCUUGGUGUCCACAUUAGCAGCCUAUCUCAAUGCACUUACAGGCGAGGGUGUUCAUGUGGUAACUGUAAAUGAUUAUUUGGCUCAACGUGAUGCAGAGUGGAUGGGACGUGUUCAUCGUUUUCUGGGUCUAUCUGUUGGUCUUAUUCAAAGAGGGAUGAAAGCUAAGGAGAGAAGAUCAAACUACAGGUGUGACAUAACAUACACCAACAACUCAGAACUUGGUUUUGAUUAUCUGCGAGAUAAUCUUGCCAGCAGUAAUGACCAGCUGGUGAUGAGAUGGCCCAAGCCCUUUCAUUUUGCAAUAGUUGAUGAAGUCGAUUCCGUUCUAAUUGACGAGGGUAGAAAUCCUCUGUUGAUCAGUGGUGAGGCAAACAAGGAUGCUGCUAGAUAUCCAGUUGCUGCCAAAGUGGCUGAACUUCUUAUAUCUGGCCUGCAUUACAAAGUAGAGCUGAAGGAUAAUUCGGUGGAACUGACUGAAGAUGGAAUUUUGCUUGCUGAGAUGGCUCUGGAAACAACUGAUCUUUGGGAUGAGAAUGAUCCUUGGGCCAGAUUUGUGAUGAAUGCUUUGAAAGCCAAGGAAUUCUACAAGCGGGAUGUUCAAUACAUUGUUAGGAAUGGAAAGGCUCUUAUAAUAAAUGAGUUGACAGGAAGAGUAGAAGAGAAAAGGCGUUGGUCUGAUGGAAUUCAUCAGGCCGUAGAAGCUAAAGAAGGUCUUCAGAUUCAGGCUGAUUCAGUUGUUGUAGCACAAAUUACGUAUCAAUCUCUCUUUAAGCUAUAUCCGAAGCUCUCAGGGAUGACGGGAACUGCAAAAACUGAGGAGAAAGAAUUCUUGAAAAUGUUUCAAACUCCAGUUAUUGAGGUGCCAACAAAUUUACCAAAUAUCCGUCAAGAUUUCCCCACUCAAGCAUUUGCUACCGCACGAGGGAAAUGGGAACAUGCUCGUCAAGAAGUUGAGAAUAUGUUCAGACUGGGCCGUCCGGUUUUAGUUGGGACUACCAGUGUAGAAAAUUCUGAAUAUCUUUCUGCUUUGCUGAAGCAAUGGAAUAUUCCACACAAUGUCCUCAAUGCCCGGCCAAAGUAUGCUGCUAAAGAAGCUGAGAUUGUGGCUCAAGCUGGGAGAAAAUAUGCAAUUACCAUUUCUACAAACAUGGCUGGUAGGGGUACUGACAUAAUCCUAGGAGGAAAUCCAAAGAUGCUGGCAAAGGAAAUACUGGAAGAUAGCUUGCUAGCUUUCCUGACAGAUGAUAUUCCAGAUAAAGAUGGGGAACCAAGCUCUGAAAUGGUCCUGUCUAAGAUAAAAGUUAGUCCAUCAUCACUUGCUUUAUUGGCUAAGACGUCAUUGAUGGCUAAAUAUGUUAGCAAAAGUGAGGGUAAGAGAUCCACUUUACAAGAGGCAAAGUCUGUGAUUGCCGAUUCUAUUGAGAUAAGCCAGUCUUUGGACCCAAGAGAACUGCAAAGGCUUGUUGAUGAACAGUCUGAGAUGUAUCCUCUUGGCCCAUACAUAGCUCUUACUUACCUAUCAGUUCUUGAAGAUUGUGAAAGUCAUUGUUCGCUUGAAGGAUUAGAGGUUAAAAGUCUUGGUGGCCUGCAUGUUAUUGGAACAUCUUUACAUGAGUCAAGAAGAAUAGAUAACCAGCUUCGCGGCAGAGCCGGAAGACAAGGGGACCCCGGUUCUACUCGGUUCAUGGUUAGCUUGCAGGAUGAGAUGUUUAAGAAGUUCAACUUUGACACCGAAUGGGCAGUGAGACUAAUAUCCAGGAUUAAUAAUGACGAAGAUUUUCCAAUUGAAGGUGAUACAAUUGUUAAACAGCUUUUGACCUUACAAAUCAAUGCCGAAAAGUAUUAUUUUGGCAUAAGAAAGAGCCUUGUUGAGUUCGAUGAAGUUCUGGAGGUGCAAAGAAAGCAUGUUUACGAUCUUCGGCAAUCUAUUUUGACGGGCACUUCUGAGAAUAGUUCACAGCUUAUUUUUAAGUACAUGCAGGCAGUAGUGGAUGAAAUGAUUUUCAAAAAUGUUGAUCCCUUUAAGCAUCCAAGUAGCUGGUCUUUGGGUAAGCAGUUCAAUGAGUUCAAUGACCUAGCGAAAGAAGUAUUGAAUGACUGUUUUGCAGGGAUUGCUGAAGAAACUUAUAUUAGAUCACUUUCUCAUCUUCAUGAAUUGAAAGCAAUAAACAUCAGCAAUUUUCACCCUCCAAAUUUGCCUAAACCGCCCAACUCCUGUAGGGGUAUCCGUGGGAAACGCUCUUCACUCAAACGAUGGCUCGCUCUUUGCAAUGAUGAUUCAAUGAGAGAUGGGAAGUAUCGAAUGACGGUCAAUCUUCUACGCAAGUACCUCGGAGAUUUCUUAAUCGCUUCAUAUUUGAAUGCCAUUCAAGAAUCCGGUUACGAUGCUAUGUAUGUUAAGGAAAUAGAGAGGGCUGUCAUUGUCAAGACUUUAGAUUGUUUCUGGCGAGACCAUUUGGUAAACAUGAAUAGGCUUAGUUCUGCGGUGAAUAUUCGAAGUUUUGGACACAGAAAUCCACUGGAAGAGUACAAAAUCGAUGGUUGUCGGUUUUUCAUCUCAAUGCUUAGUGCAACGCGGAGGUUAACUGUGGAGUCUCUCUUACGGUACUGGUCAUCUCCGGUGGAUUCCCAAGAGCUCUAUGUAUAG